AUGCUUCUGUCCUUCACCGUGAAGGGCUCCGUUGUUGCACAGAAUCGCGACAGACCUUGGGAACCGCUCGUUUGCCGCGAGCUGUCCAUGAAGGAGGUGGGCGACGGGCUGCACGAGCAGAUGACCUGCAUGAUGGGCGCCCUGCAGGAGCUGAAGCUGCUGCAGGUGCAGGCGGCCCUGGAGCAGCUGGAGAUUUCGGGGGCCCUCGGCCCUUCCUCGGCCCCGGGCAGCGCCGAGCGCGGCCACAACGCGACGCCGGAGCCGGGCGGGAAUCGGCCUUGCGGCAUCCCGGGGACGCCGGGACACGGGCAGUGCCAGGGCUGCGACGACGCCGACGACUGGACCUCCUCCCUCAUGUCCCAGAGCAGGAACCGGCAGCCGCUGGUGCUGGGGGACAACGUCUUUGCGGACUUGGUUGGGAACUGGCUGGAUCUGCCGGAGCUGGAUAAGAAGGGAGAAAAGAGCGAAGCCUCCCUGGCCGCGAGCAGGUCCCAGGAGCUCAGCAGGAAAAAAGCCAACAUCUUCAAGAAGUUCCUGAGGAGCGUUCGACCGGACCGAGACCGGCUCCUCAAGGAGAAGCCUUGCUGGCUCCCGCCCGAGGACAAACAGCCGGAGAUUUCCAAGAGAUCCAAAAAAAUGAGCAAGCUCAAGGGGACGUUCUACUUCCCGCUGCACGGGAACGCGCAGAACAGCCACAGCAAGGCGGAGAGGGGCCCAAACACGGACAGCCACAGCGACACGGCCAAGCCCAGCACCAAGAAGGUCCCCGACGCCGCAGACUGCCCUCGGCCCGGCUUCGACAUGAACACGGCGGUGUGGGUGUGA